AUGACUACAACAAACUCUGGUCUACAAUCAAUAGCUGAUCUAACAGCUUCAACUCGUUUGACCACUGGUGAUAUUCCUCCCCCUCUUGUAGGCUCAUCGACAACCGUUGUUGGAACCUGUCUUUAUAUAUUUGCAGGACGUUUGGUAUCUACAAGAAAAAUGACUAACGAUAUUUAUCUACUUGAUUUGGAAACUUUUGUAUGGACAAAAAUUCCAGAUAAUAAUCAGGUUACUCCUAAAGAAAGAUAUUUUCAUUCAGCAAAUCAAUAUGAAAAUUCAAUAGUCAUUUUUGGUGGUAUGGGUUAUAAAGGAACAUCAUCGUCUAAUGAUGACUUAUGUGUAUUAGACGAUUUGUGCGUUUUUAAUUUAGAAACCCACACAUGGAAUUAUCCCGAGAUUGUUCCUUCAAAUUUAUUACCUCGUCCAAGGUACGCACAUUUAGCUUCCGUCACCGCAAAUAAACUUGUAAUAAUAGGUGGCCAAGAUUUGACUAAUUACUAUAUAGAGGAGAUUAAUGUGUUAGAUUUAGUUGAAAUGAAAUGGAUAUCAACGAGACCUUUUAAAAAGCAUUGUGGUGCAUAUAGGUCUGUGGCCGUCAGUAGCUCAUCUUGUACUGCAUAUCCAUUAUUUAGUGAUAUUGCAUCUAUAACAUCUUUUGAUGAAUUACCGCCACCCACACCUGCCACACCUUCAAAUACUAUCAACAACAACAACGACCCACCUUCAACAGGUUCUUUUAGUCAAUCAGGUUCUUUGCGUAGACCUCCAUCUAGUGGUCAUGUUCGUUCACGUUCCGCUAAACGUAUACAAAGUUCUGGAAAUUCAUUUUAUCAUCGAUUAUCUUAUUCAUCAAAGGUAACUGAAGAUAACCCAACUCCUGUGUAUUUAUAUUCUAAUUAUAAUUUUGCUGAUGUUAAACGAGAGUUACAAUUAAUCACACCACCUACAAUACCAAAUUAUCAAAUCGUGGACCAUUCAACAAAUAUGUCUGGUGCAUUACCACCUGGCUUAAGAUUUCCGACUGGUGCAAUACUGGGACAACAUUUAAUAAUUUCAGGCACUUACCUAACCAGCCCUUGUCAAACGUUUAGCAUAUGGGCAUUAAAUCUUGCAAAUUUUAUUUGGAUUAGAAUUGAUACUGGCUCAUGUUUCUUACAAGGUUCUUGGAACCGCGGUGUUCUGUGUGAAGCAACAAAUAAAUAUUAUGUUCUCGGACAUCGUGAUAGAUCACUCGUUGACGAUUAUAAUCACCGUCAAACAAAUUAUAAUCAUGUAACAGUUGUGGAUUUGGAAGCAUUUGGCAUUUAUAGACCACCACCUACAACAAUGACAACCUCUGCACAAGAAUUAGGGUUAGCAUUAUUAAAUGAUCCCAAUAUAGCAGAUUUUGAAAUUAUCACUCAAGAUGAACAAAGAAUUCCAGUGAAUUCACAAAUAUUAUCUCAAAGAUGGCCUCAUUUUAAAGCACUGGUGGAAAUGCAAGCUGAUAGGGCACCCAGACUUAAGUAUGAUGAGGAAUCACAAAAAAAAAUAGAUGAUGAUUUGCCAAUAUUAAUGUAUCAUAAUAGGGCUCUUGAAUUUCCUGAACCAUCAUCUGUCACAUUAGCAUUUUUACAAUAUCUAUACACUGAUCAUCUUUUAACUUCACAGCAAAAUCAACCACACGUCUUAUCGCAACUUUUACUGUUAGCAGAUAUGUAUGAUUUGGAUAGGCUUAGACAACUGGCAUCACAUGCAUUACAUGUAUCGUUGAGUAUGACAACUGCGGCUUUAAUUUAUGAGACUGCAGCUUUAUCUCGUCAAACAGGUUUACAAAUACGUGCUCUUAAAGUAAUGAUUGCUGCUAAGAAAAUGCUUCAACAAAGCAGAGGACAGAUCCUGCCCCAAGGUCUUCAAAAUAAUGGACAAUCUGGAUAUCGUAGUUCUGUUAUCGACCAUGAUUUAUCACCAACCGCAAAUUGGGCAACUUCAUCAAAUCCUGCAAGUCCGCCAAUAUCGGCAAUGUCAUCAGAAAUGAGAACCUCUUAUUAUGACCCAUACGCGGUUAAUAAUAAUAAUUUACACUCACCUCCAAUUCAUUCAACUAGAUCAAGAUCGUUGUCAGCAGCUUCUGCGCAUAGUGCUACAAUACCAAAUCGAGGUUAUCUUCCAACCAUACAGGAUACCAUGCCCUCUAAUGACGUUACACCAUCAGAAGGAAUUUCUACACCACCACAACAUCCACGUUUAAGGACUUCAGCAUCUACUAGUUCAUUAAAUUCCUCGAGAUCUGCUAGGACUUUUGGAACAACUGGAUUUGGAAAUGGAAAUGCUCAACCACAUCAACAAGAUCCUAAUUAUGGAUAUGUGGGAGGUGUAUUUCGACCUUGGACAUGGUCACUAAAAAAAAUUGAUAAUUUUGGGUGGUUAAGAGUAACUAAAGAAUUCGAGAUGAACUCAACAACAAACGGUCCAACAUUUGGUAACAUGAUGAAACAAGGAAUACAAUCGUUUAUGGAAGGAAAAAAUUCACAAUUAAAGCGUUCAAAAGAUUCAUAUUUUGCGGUGCUAAAGUAUAACACUCUUUUUAUGUAUGAUAGCGAAAGACAAUUAGAUUGCAAGGGUAUAAUAAUUAUAUCAAAUCAUAACGUAUCAAUAUAUCCAGAAAAUUUACCAGAUAAUGAGAUUUUUUCAAAAGCAACUUCGAUAAGAUUAAAAACAAAACAAUCAGUUUAUGAUGAUAUGAAAAUUGACAUAGAUGAUACUACUUAUUAUUUAUUUUGUAAUGUGGCAGUGGAAAAAGAAGAUUGGUAUUUUGUUUUGCAAAAAUCAUCAAAACUUGAGUCAAAUUCACCUGGACCUCAACCACAAGUUGUAAGGGAUAAAGCACAAUUUGAUCAAUUUUCAAUGAAUCAUCUUUUGAAAACUUUAUAUUCAAAUGAUGAACAUAUUGAAACACAAUGGUUGAAUGCUAUUUUAGGACGCGUAUUCCUUUCGGUGUACAAAACUCAAGCUGUCAAAGAUCACUUUGUUCGAAAAUUGAUUAGAAAGGUUAAAAAGAUAAAAAAACCGAGUUUUUUAAGCGACAUUCAGAUCAAAUCGGUGGAAGUUGGAGACGGUGUGCCAUAUUUGACCAAUCCCAGAUUAGCCAAGUUGGAUAUAAACGGUGGUUUAAGUGUCGAUGUGGAUCUUGAUUAUAAUGGCGGAUUUCGUGUAGAAAUUGAAACCGAAGCAAUAAUUGCAGUUACAAAGUUAAAAACCAUCAAAUUACCUGUUGUGCUUGCUGUAGUUUUAAGAGGUUUACAGGGAAGGUUGUUAUUAAGAAUCAAACCUCCGCCAACCAAUAGAAUAUGGACAGGGUUUUAUGAAAUGCCAAAGUUAGAUUUAUUAAUUGAACCUGUAAUUUCGGAAACUCAACUAAAGUUUGCACCAAUAAUUAAAGUCAUAGAAUCGAAAAUUCACGAGAUGUUUAUGGAUUCUUUAGUAUUACCAAAUAUGGAUGAUGCACCAUUCUUUAGAAGUUUUGGAAUGGGUGGUAUUUUUGAAGGUGAUGUUAAGAUUGGAGAAGAGAAUGAUGAAAACGAAAAUGAAGAACCAAAUGAACAAAAUGAAGAUGAUGAUAAUAACAACAACUCUAUUGAUCCAGAUCCAGAUCCAGAACUUCAAACAGAAAUGUUGAACACAGUUAUAAGUGAGACAGUGGAUCCAGAGUUACAAAAAACUGAACCAGAAUUAUUAUUGUCUUCGCCAUUAAAAGCUAACGAAGAAAACAUGUUAACCUUGGAUGAACCAUAUAGGGAACCUAAUUUGACUAAAGGCAGAAUUAGAUAUAAUGUUGCUAAACAAUUAAAACGUUUUGAUGGAUUUGCACACAUAACAUCAAAAGACAAUUCGAACAACUCCUCAAUAUUGUCAUCUCUUCCUAAUUCACUAUCAUCAAAUUCCACAGGAUCUACAUUUAAACGUUGGUCAAGAUCAGUAUCCAUUCGUCGACAGAAAUCAGGACAUGAAAUUCCAGGAACUCUUUCUAACGAUAAUCGUAAUAACAGUCAACAAAAAAAAUCAUCUGAUAUUUCCAGUUCACCACCAUCUCCACAAAUAUCCUUAUCACAAUUACCACCAUUGCCACCAGAUACAGAUGAUGAUAUAACAGGUCCAAGCAAAGAAAGUUCCGCAAAUUCAAUAGAGAGUAUUAUAUUAACUGACGAAUCUGUGAGCAUGUCAACAACUCCACCGCCGUCACCACCUAAAUCACCACCAAAAUCGCCCAAAUCACUUGAAGUUGACGAUUAUAGAAUAAUAAAUGAUCAAAUCGAUUUAUCUUCAGGAAUAAAUUCACCGAUAGAGGAAUUAAAUCAACUAUUUGGAUAG